AUGAAAACAAAUUUAUUAACAUUUUUCAUUACAAUUCGAUUUUAUCUUAAUUCAUUUAAUUAAAUUAUUGAUGGUUUAUUUAAAAUGAUAAAAGCAACAAAAAACAUAAAUUAUAUGCCUAAAUUAUGGCUUUUAUCUUCACUAAUUAAUGUGCUAAAGAAUGAUAUUUUACCAACCGCAUAUGACGUAGAAAUAUAAUAUAAUAAAGGGCACAUUUAUAGCUAAAUGGCUGUGUUAGAAGUUGUAUCUAAAAAAUAACUAUUAGUUUAAAUACUGGAUUCAUAUAAGCUCUCUACAUCAAUUACUUUUUCCAGUGGGUUCUCUGAGUAUCAAGGUUAGCAUUAAUAAAUAGAAUUCAGUAAUAAGUAGCUUGAGCAAUAUUUAUAAGCGCAAGAAAUGCAUUUUAUGUUUUAGUUUUCAUAUUUUCUACAAGGACAAAAUUAAAUGCUAUUUUGA